CAAAGAAAAGAGGAAGAAGAGAAACUAUACAGGCUAUAUGGUAUCUGGUUUAACAUGCUAUAUCUGAGUGAAUCUUGCAAACUGCUGUUCAAUUAAGAAUUUGCGUUGUCGUGAUAAACUUAAUUGGUCCAUGUAGGCGCGACUGUCUGGCCGUUUGUUGUUUAGGCUACUUUGAACUCCGAGGCGAAUGGAUCAUGGCAUCAGCUCUUGUCAAACAGUUUGUCGACUCAUCCUCCUCCUCCUUAGGACGAAAGAAUAAUAAGUCAUAGUCACUUCAUCUGUCUCGCCCGAACGCUCUGAAGAACUGCUCGUUCUAAGGUUUUGCACCUAAUAAAGGAAUAUACCAGAAUAUCCAAAGAAAGGAAAAUGCUGUUCUGGUAGGAUGAUUAAAAGUCAGGACCAAGAUGAAUUUAUUGCUGUCCGCGUUCAAGACCCUCGCACUCAAAAUGAGGGUUCAUGGAACUCCUAUGUGGACUUCAAGAUAUUCCUCCAUACCAACAGCAAGGCCUUCACCGCGAAGACUUCCUGUGUGCGCCGGCGGUACAGCGAGUUUGUGUGGUUGAGAAAAAAGUUGCAGAAGAAUGCUGGCUUGGUGCCUGUCCCAGAACUGCCAAGCAAGUCUUUAUUUUUUUCGUUCACUAAUGAAGAUUUUAUUGAGAAGAGAAGGAAGGGCCUUCAGAGCUUCUUGGACAAGGUUGUACACAUGACUGUCUGCCUGUCAGACAGCCAGCUCCACCUGUUCCUUCAGACCCAGCUGCCAGUUAGCCAUAUCCAAGACUGUGUUCAGGGCCUCACUCCAUACACUGUCACUGAUGCCAUUCUCACCUACGCAUCGUCCAAUCAGGGCUGGACCCAGGAAGAGGACAGCGACACACAGGAGCAAUGCCCAACUCCUGUUCCUUAUGAAUCCAUGGAGAGCCCCUCUCCCCACAUGCCGUCUUCCCAGUGUGGGCCACCUGUUACUCUCACAGCCAGUAAGGAAGCUGGUGCUGCUGCUGCUGUGUCUGAUUCUGUGACUGUGGAUGUUCAUGAUGUGAACGUGGUGGAACUAACAGCAGACGCUCAGAGCGAGAAGGCCCAUGAGGGGGAGAGUCAUGGGGACAGAGCUCCUGUGGGUGACGCUCACGCGGAAGCCAUAGUGGAGGUUCAUCCGCAAGGUGUUGACUUGAGAAUUGUUGACCAGGAAGAUGCUAUCGCAGAAGGGAACGCCACUGAAGGAGCACAGCAGAGUAAUGGAGGUUUUCAAGAUGCAGCUCUGGAAGCUGUUGACCAAGUGGAGAGACUUUUGAACCAGGUUGGACUUGUUGAGGAGACCGUUACAGAUCAAUAUCAAGAGGUCACCUCGGAAGCUAUACUUAAGGUUACUGAUCAGGGGAGUUCCUCGGAAGAACAAAAUGAGGUGGUGGAGGUGACCAGUGAAGACACAACGAAUGUAGAACUCUCUCAACAGGAAGAGAGCUGUUUAAAUAGUGCUUCUGAUAAUGACAAUUCUGUUUUGGAGGCAUCUGUUGUGCCACAGAGCCUUUCCGAGUCAAAUCAUGACGGAGGUGUUGCUGAAACUGAUAGUUUGCAGGAUAAUAGUGAAACAAGCGUCGGCAAGAAUGGACCAGUGGAGGAACAAAGUGAAGAUCAAAGCCACAAUCAGGAGAGGGAUGUAGAAAUGACCCCUCCUUGGGAGGAAAGUGGAAUGGAGGCCGAUCUAGAUGAGAGCAUGUGUGUGGACAAGGCUGAAGAGGAGGAAACCACUGGCGAGGUUUUGCAGAGUGUCCUUCUCCAAAGUCUGGACCACUGCGAAGAGGAGAGCAACAACACCAAUCGUCUCAUGUCCAACGGGCACAACAGUGACAACUCAGUGACGAGUGCCAUUGAAGAUUCCACAGAAGAAGCCCCAGACUGUGAAAAGAUGAUCAGCUCCAAUGUGAUCGAGUCCGUGGUGUCAGACAGCACUGAGGACCGCACAGUAAAUUUGGAAGAGACCCUUGAGGGCUGUGACCUUAAAGGUCAAAUCUGCCACGACCAGAUUGAACUACCUUACACAGACCUCAGUGCGUCUGAAGGCGGUGAAGAGGACCCCCAUGGAGUUGCCAUUCAAUAACAGAACAUGUCGGUCUAAUCAGCCACCUGGAGCCCACGUUGUGAGUCAUGCUACUCUAAAGGGUUGUUAGUCAGCGUUCACAUUAAUCAGAACACUAUGGUAUGGAUGGUCACUCCUCAAGGAGUCUCAGAGGCUGAUUGCCUCUCCCAUUCAUGUAAUCAUUUUUUUUCCCUUUACAAUGUCAUACGCAUUUGAUCGUUAAGACAGGCAUUGUGUGAAAUGUCACCCUUCGGGAGAUGCACCCAUCACACUGUUUCUGCACUGCUGUCAUAACUUUGCUUGCGGGCUGGCUGUCUCUUGAGAGUGAAUUACAUUUUUCUUUGAAGCCUUUCCACAUCAGAAAUGAACAGUGGCAUGGCAGUUUACAGAAACAAGCACUGAACUGGAAAUACCUCAUAAUGAGAGAUAUUAAGCUGGGUUAUAUAGCAAGUUAUAUGCAAUAUUCCUGGUAAUUAUGUGUGUGUAAUGUGCAUAACUACUGAGAACAAAUGAGGAGCGUAUGAUCAAAGCGUUGCAUCUUAGCUUCAUCUUUUUCCCAGCAUACAUCACUAUGAAAGCACCAGCCAUGCAAAUUAGGGUUAUGUGAUUCAUACCAUACUGUCUGCGAGUUUUCAGAAUAAGACACUAUCAAUGAUAUGUUGAAUGCAAGUCAAUGGAGAUGCGUUGCAUGGUUCAUGUAUUGGUGGUAUGUUACUCCAGGGAUGUGAUGAUAUUGCAUCAUGCUUGUGAGGGCCUGUAUUUGAUUUGAUUUUAUGUAAAACAAAUAAGACUUGGAUAAUGUCUGCCAAGGGACAUAGUUGUGUGAAUGUUCCAAUAUAGUAAGUCAUGGGUAAAUUCACAUACAUUGUUUUACACUUAGAAAUUCCUUCAAAUGGGCAUGGCUUUCUCACAGCAAAUCCCCUGUGUAUGAUUAGCUUUUUGAAGAGUUAUGUUAGGAUAACUUCUAACUUCUAGCUCUAAGAAAUUUUUACUAAAUAUUGGCAUGUUUGGUAUACAGUUUUGGAUUUUGAUUUUGCAGUGGUAGUGCAAAGACUUGUAAGAAAUAAGUCAUCCUGUAUACAAGCUGAAAUGAUAGUUCAUUUUCUUCACUUGGCAUUAAGUCAUAGUGUAUCCUGAAGUGUUUAAUGAAAGUAUGUUAUAAACAAAAUGAAACUAAGCCAUGUAAUUUUGUUGCACAUUUUUUUACAGCUAACAACCUGGCAGCACUCUGUCUCAGAAUCCAUAGUUCAACAUCACACUAUUUUUGCCAAGUGUGUUAGCUGGUACACAACUAAUGGUGCAAAAUGUGGAUACCAAAAAUGUACAUUUUUUGAUCAUGAGUGUGAGACAAUUGUACAUCAUACUUUUUUGACAAAAUAUUCCCUUAACCACAGUAGUCCAUAUGUGGGUGUUUCAUGUGUGCUUUCAUGUUCUCCGAGUACAGAACCUGACUGGGCCUAUCUUUCCUGCUUAGAUUUGACAGUGGUUUUGUGAUGCUAACACUACUUAGUGGAGAAUUUAGUCUUUCAGUUUGCUGCUACAUUCCAUAUUAAGUCAUUGGCAUCUGGCAGUGAAAUUCCUACCCCUCUUUAUUAAGUCUCAGAUAUGUACACAGGAACAACAUGUUUGAUAAAAUGUUAUUAUAACAGAUUUCUUUAGUUUGAAUUUCAUUCAUUGUUUUGUCAAUUGUUUAUUUUAAUGUUUAUUUUCAAGAGUUUAUUCAUAAGAGUUAUAACUGUAUUUUAAAUGCUUUUAAAUUAGAUUAUAUUUUAAUUGUCAUUUGUGAUUGUAAAUGUGUCACUGCUUCUAAUGAACAAGGAUGUGUAAGGGCCAAAUGAGCCAAUCUGUUGUUGGCUUGGACAAGGGAACUUUGGUUUGUUUGAUUUUUUUAAUGCAAAGGAAAUAUUUUAUCUUGAUAAAUAAAAAGUUCACUGAAAAUGUU